AUGGCGGCCUCCCCCCGGUCGUCUUCCUCCGCGGAGAUGGAGCCGCUAGGGUUUGGCGGCCUCCCGUUCUGGGACGGCACCGGCCAGCUGAUGCAGUCGCUGACGGCCAAUCUGCUCUCCACCUUCCAAUACCCUCUCAAUUGUAAGCGCCAACGCGGCGGCGCCGCCGGCGGCAGAGGCGGUGCUCGGUUCGAGUUCGGCCCUCCACCGCCGUCGACGGCGGAGCCCUUGCAGAGCUCCACGGGCGCGCGCUCGAGCGGCGCCGCACCCAUCGUCUUCCCCUUUUGCUCCCCCAUCUCCAGUGAGAACCAGCGCCAGGAUGUCUCAGCGUCGUCGACCAUCAGGAGCUUGUCGACCAGCGUGCGGGUGGAUGGCCUCGGCUCUGGCUCCAAGGGCGGCGGCCCCGCCUUCGUGGGGCAAGUCUUCAGCAUGUGCGAUCCUUCGGGCACUGGUCUCAUGGCCGUCACCACCCACUUCGAGAUCCCCUUCCUAUCCAAGAGGUAUUUUCCCUGCCAUCUCCCCCAUUUUGCUCUGCUCUUCCAAUGCUCAACAUCUCACAUGGCAGUAGCUCAAUUUUUGGUUAAAGCCAUAGGUUACUGUUCUCUCUUCGGGAUUAUUCCCACGGCUCUCCAUCGCCAUGGUUCUGAGCUCCAACCCUCAGAGUGAUGGUUAUCUAUCUUCACAUAUUUUCUUGGAUCUUAGAGAGAGAGAGAGAGCGAGAGAGAAUUUAGUUCAGGAUGUGGAAGACCUAACUGUGGGGGCAGAGCCAGAAAGCAGAGGAUUCAUUGGAGUAUACUCAUGGAGGUCCAGAUACUCCUACAGUUAGGUAGAAAAGCCAUUUUUGCCCAUCCCUGUGCAAGAUCGAUGCUACUGCGUCCUUCUACCGUAGAACAUCCUGCAGGAAAGCUUGUGGCGUGGGUAUGGAUGACGGGAUCCUAGAUAGAGGAUGUGGAGCUUCGGUGCCAUGUUCUGCUCUUGGAGAACCCAGAUGAUCAGUGGGGGGGUGGAGGGACUUUGUUCUUCCGUGUUUUUAUCAUUGAUUCUCAUGCCCACAGCAUCGGACUCCUCCUGUAGAGACCAUGAAUGAGCUUGCAUUUGGCACUGGUUGCUCCACCGCCUUCCUGGCACGUAUCCGCUCUCUUCAUCCUCUGGGAUUUGCUGGUUCUAACCUCGUCGUCUUCCUCGCAGAACCCCCGAGUGGAUCAAAAAUAUGCUUGGGGGCUUCAAGCCAAAGGAUAAGAAUGGCCCCGUUUUCCGCUUCUUCAUGGACCUUGGCGAUGCAGGUCAACACAGCUCCUUCCACUUUUAGUAAUUCAACGCGGGUACCCUGCAUUUUUCUUCUUCUUCUUCUUCCAAUCUCUGCGAGCUGAUCUGAAACCAUGGCGUCCUCUCGAGUUUCCAGUGUCUUAUGUCAAGAGGCUGAACAUCCCUACCGGCAUGGUCGGGGCUUGCCGCCUCGAUGUGGCAUAUGAACACUUCAAGGUACGCCGCUCAUCAGAUUCUGAACACCUCAAAAGCUUAUUAUUUUGGUGCUUCGGGGAUCCCUUCCAGCAUCUGAACGACGGCGGUGCCGCCUGGUCCCCUCUGUGCCGUGGAUUUUUUUUCCCGCAGGAGAAGCCUCACGCAUUCCAGUUCGUUCCUAACGGCGAGCAGGUAUCAAUCAUCGGACUUGGAUGAUUUCGGUUUUCGUUGUGAUCAUCGGCGUCUUCUCCCGCUCUGAUCCGAGUGAGAAGUCUACAUCAGGUGAAGGCGGCCAACAAGCUGCUCAAGAAUGUUCCGCAGAGAGGUGGAAGGAGGAAGGUCGGCGGCGUUCCCGUGUUUACUGCCCAGAACCUGAACAUCGCCAUCGCUACGAACAAUGGGAUCAGAUGGUAAGCGAUCUGGCGGUACUGAUUAUUAGCAUCCCCUCAAGGUUGAGGAUCUCUUGACUGGUCUCCUCCUCCGGUGCCGGAUCUUGUCGCGCGCAGGUACACGCCCUAUUUCUUCGACAAAAAAUUGCUGGACAGCAUCCUCGAAGCUUCAGUCGAUCAACACUUCCACGCGUUGAUCCGGAGUCGGCAGACGCAGCGCAGGAGGGAUGUUCUUGAUGGCAGCGUGGGGGGAGAAGUUUUCGAAGACAACGGAGAGAGUCUUUUCGAUCCUCCAGAGGUAUUUGUCCGGCAAAUCUCUGGAUCAAAUCUCCUCGCUGGUGCCGAUCGAAAUGCUCCUGGCCGUCAAUGGAGCGCUCUUAUCCUAGGGUUUUGCCCCAGGUGCAAGAACUGCUGGAGGAAUUGGGGCACCCAGGGAUACCAUUGAGCGUGGUGUCAAAGGCCGCCGAAAUCCAACUCCUCGACGCCGUUGACAAGGUGCUCCUCGGGAACAGGUGGUUGCGGAAAGCUACGGGAAUACAGCCGAAGUUCCCCUACCUCGUCGAUUCAUUCGAGGAAAGGUCGGUGGAUAUCGCUCCUGUUCCGAUUAUUCCACAGACGAUCGAUCCCUUGUAAUUGCUCGCAUUCGAAGCUUCUCGCCGUUCACUAGGCGUGGUGUUGGUCGUCUCAGAACUGCAGCGUCGUUCCAGAAGGUGGCGGAAUCGGCGAGCUCCGCCUCCGAUCCUCAGUGCAGCGAUAACAACGCGCCUGAUCCGCUGAUCCGUUCUCCAGAGUGUUCGACCGCCGAGUUCGCCGAAUGCAGCCAGAGCAGUCCGAGAAUAAGCAGCGGCUUCCGCUUCCCUCCUAGAAACUGGUUGUCGAAUCCAUGGUGGAGGCCGCCGGGAAAGGGAGACGCGCCAGAAAACCCUACGAGCUCGGAAAAGAGGUGGAAGAUAUCGAGAUACCAUCCUCCUUUCGCGAUCUCUGAAAACUGCUCCAUGAAUGUACAUCAAUCAUCUGCUGUUUCCUCUUACCAGACAUCCAAAUCCUCUUCUCCCGAAGAUCACCAUGGUGGGGAUCUCAACCGGCGACGGGGGGAGGGUGAGCAAGGCGAGCUUGAAGAAGACGAUGGAGGAGCUGACGCGGGAGCUGGAGCAGUCGAACCAGGGAGCUUCAAGGCUGGACGAAUUGGACAAGGAUCCCCUCUUCGUGGCCAACGUUGGGGACUACUCGACCAUCACGAGGAUGAGCUCUCGGUGA